AUGUCAGUUCUGGCGCGCGCUUCCCGCAAGUCCGCGGUGUUCCGCACUGCGUGCUUCCGCCUUGCCGCGCCGGCGAUCGCAUGCGGGGGAUUCUCGACGGUCAUUGCUGGCACAUCCCCUGUUUGCGCAUCCCCUGCCUCCGCUUCCGCCUCUCCCGCCGAUUCUUCCCCCGCUGUUGCGGGUAAUUCAACCGCAGGACGCGCGUUUGAGGAAGCGGUGUCAGGUGGGAGAGUGACGUCGGCGAGCAUUGAUGGCGAAGAGGUGGCGAAGUUCGAAGCUCUCGCCAGCCAAUGGUGGGACCGCAGGGGCCCACAUGCGCCACUGCAUGCCAUGUCUGCCGCCCGCGUGGCGUUCGUGCGUGAUGCCAUGUGCCGGCACUUUGGUCUGAAUGCAGACUCUGCUCGCCCGCUGGAAGGGCUGAGAGUGCUUGACGUGGGUUGUGGGGGGGGGCUUUUGUGUGAGCCGCUGGCUCGCUUGGGAGCUACAGUGACAGGCGUUGAUGUGACACGUGUCAACACACAAGUGGCUGCUGCUCACGCUGUGCGUCUCUUUUGA